AUGCCACCAACUGCGAAUUCUGCAAGGUCUCCAGCACCGAAUGCUCAGAAAAAGAAGGCAAAAUCAGCAUUACCAUCAACAAAAACGAAUCAAACACCUUCUGCAACUCCAAUUGAUACUGCCAAAAAUGGGUCAAAUGAAGAUGGAAAAAAACCAACUAUAACACCAACUCCAGAUGUUGCACCUGAUAAGAAUAGUAGAGUAAUGGGAAUGAAUGAAGUGGCGGAAGAAGUUAAAAAACCAAUAAAUACACCGAAAAAGAAGAAAAAGGAAAGAAAGGAAUUAGUGAGAAAAACUAAUUUGAUUUCUCAUAUCAGGCCUGGAUGUCCAAGAGACGUGGAUAUUAUCAGAAGGCGUGCAUUCGAAGAUGAACUCAUUCAGUUUGAAACCGGAGAGUUCACAUACUCAACAGACCCAACUCGUUAUCGUUUCCGAUCAAUACCACCUCUAGAACUGGUUAUUCAAUUCGUAUUUCCAUCACUUCUUCUACUUGCAAUCAUGCUCGCUUCUGUUUCCUGUAUGAUUUUUCUAACGAAAGAAUAUGAAGUUGAAAUGGAAUUCAACGAUAUGAGUGAAGUAUCAUUCUCGAAAUAUGAUAGUUAUGUUAUUGUGGAUAAUAUAGAUGCCCAUUUGAAAAAUGAGACUAUUCUACGACAUUAUAACUGCCCAGGAUUGGUUCAAGGUCCAUAUAAAAAACUGGAUGAGCAUGAAUUUGCAUUUUUGAAGUUUGAAAGUAGACGGAUCAAAAAUGCGAUGAAGGCGUUGACAUAUAGAUGGAUAGUUCAAACCGAGGUAGUUAUGAAUAUGAAUUUCGAUUGUCCUCCCAGUGUAAUUCUCGAAUUGGAAUAA